AUGGCACGUACAAAGCAAGCGCGACCGGUCGAGCGCCAGCCUUCGUCCGAAUACAUUACCCGACAAACCUCAACGCCCAGACGACAAGUCAGCUUCGACAUGGAUGGAGAACAGAAACCCAAUGGCGCAUCGAGCGCUCCCAGCAAGGGCGCAGUCGCGACGGCCGAGAAGCAAGACGUGGGCGUGAUGCAGCUCGUCAUCGCUGUCACCGGCAUAUACGGCUCUUUCUUGACGUGGGCGUACCUACAGGAGAAACUGACGACGACCCCCCACGGCGCCCCCGGCGCGACCGAGGUAUUCCAGUACCCCGUCUUCCUCAACACGAUCCAGUCGCUCUUCGCCGCCAUGACGGGCGCCCUGUACCUCUACCUGAGCACGCCUCGCGGGUCGCGCAUACCGCCCAUCUUCCCGUCGCAGCGCAUCGUGACGCCGCUGCUCCUCGUGGCUGUCACCAGCUCGCUCGCCUCGCCCUUCGGCUACGCCAGCCUCUCACACAUUGACUACAUCACCUUCCUGCUCGCCAAGAGUUGCAAGCUGCUCCCCGUCAUGUUCCUCCACAUCACCAUCUUCCGCAAGCGCUACCCGCUCUACAAGUACCUUGUCGUCGCGGCCGUGACGGCGGGGGUUGCCGUUUUCACCCUGCACUCGGGCAAGAAGGGCAAGAAGCACGCCUCUGCCGACGACAAGGAGCGCAAUAUGCCCUGGGGCAUACUGUUGCUGUCGAUUAACCUGCUGUUCGAUGGCUUGACCAACAGCACCCAGGACUACAUCUUUGGCGCCUUCCAGCCCUACUCGGGCCCCCAGAUGAUGUGCGCCAACAACCUCAUGAGCACCGCUGUCACGGUAGCGUACUUGGUGCUCAGCCCUUGGUUGGUGCACACCGGUAUUGGCGAGUGGUUGGGCAUGGACAUCGCGGGCAACGCUGGCGAGCUGAGCGAGGCCUUAAGCUUCAUGGCGCGGCAUCCCAAGGUCUGGGCUGAUGUACUCGGCUUCGCGGCGUGUGGUGCCGUGGGACAGGUCUUCAUCUUCUACACCCUAGCAACCUUCUCCUCCGUUCUCCUCGUGACGGUGACAGUCACCCGCAAAAUGUUCACCAUGAUCCUCUCCGUCGUCGCCUUUGGCCAUCGUCUGACCCAGAUGCAAGUUCUGGGCGUGGGGCUGGUGUUUGGUGGCAUUGGAGUCGAGGCUGCUAUUGCAAGGCAGGAGAAGUUGGCGAAAGAGGCGGCCAAGCAUAAAGUUGCGGUUAAGAAGGCUCAAUGA